CCUCUCAUUAUUCCUGCCAAAAUUAAUGGCAAGAUGGUUGAAAUCGAGAGGGAGCACAAUUUUUCAAAACAUUUUUUCAAAUAAGCAAUUUUGAUCAUCCAACCGAACUUUUUAUAGCUGUACAGUUAAGAUGUUAGUCCCAAUUCCGCUGUAAGGAAAUCAGGUCAUAUUAUUACAUUUCAUGAAUUGUUAUCACUUUCAUCUCUUGGAAUUUAUAUGUAUAUAUGUGUGUGUUGAGAAAUGCCUAGAUGUUCUUCUGCCAGAAUAUAGCGACCUAAUCAAGACGACCAACAUCAGUCAAUCUUUGCUCCUGCAAGACAAAUUACCUAUGCACUUCCAGAUACUUAUGCUGAUGAGAUUUACAAAAAAGUAACAAAACUGGAUUAUUCCAAGUUUAAUCCUCCCAAUGUUUGGCUCACUCUUUCAUUAAUUUAAUCAUGAAUUGAUCAGGCCACAGAAGACAGACAAGACAUAUUCUACUUGGUUGAAUAAUUCCAAUUUGCCUUCUCAUUUCGUUCAUCCUUCCACAUCAGUCAGCCAUCCUUCGACAAACAGUCAAGAUUUUAAAUUUCAUUAAUGGUAUUUAUUUCUGGAUAAUUAUAAGUAAUUUUGGAGGGUUGUUAUAUACAUUACGUUGUAUUAAGCAGCAAGGGUAGACACAAACGGUGUUGACGAACCGGUAGAGUAUAUUUCAGUGACAUCAUUGCCUUAGUCAAUAAUUACUUUUCUAGUCGACAGUCCAGAUAGAGCAAGGAGCGAGGCGAGCUAACCCGUUUGCAAAACACGCGUUCUUUAGUAAGAUUAAGAGUUCGAAUUACGGCGUAGAGGGCUUUUAACUCUGGUGUUAGUUCCCUGCCUUCUUUUCUCAUUCGGAAAAACCCCAUAUAGGCGAAAACGGGUGAUGAAGAAGAAAAGAAUUCCGUUUCAGAGAGCAUCUUUUAUUUGGAAGACCUUAAUAGUACUUAAAAUGAUUGCAAAUUUGAUUUGACUCCAGAAAUGUGUCCGGUGAAGAGAAUAAUCUUUUAAAGAGAAAUGUUUGCUUAUAUUAUUAGAUAUAUUCACUAACUGAAAAUUUAUGGGAUAGGGGAGGCGGGGUGGCCACGCGUGUUGACUCGUGUGCAAAACACGAGUUGCCCGGUAACUAGAUGAUUGAUAAACAGAAGUUAUAAGAUAUAAAAUAAUUAGGAGUUCGCGUCCCAAUGCCAGCGGGGCUUCUAACACUAAACUCCUGUCCUCUCCUCCGGCUUGGGAAAAUCCCCACAUAGCCUAAAAGAUGAGGUAGGGAUGGAGAAAAAAAAUUUAAGGGUAAUUUUUUCUGCAGAAUAUGCUCCAAUUUAUAAUAAAUAUUAAAUUUAGGAUCACCCGUGAUGCCAUUGAAAUGAAGUAGAGGUCGUAAUAUAAUUUUUCAAUCGAUUUAAUGUGUGAAUAUAUUAACAUUUUUAUUUCGUUCAAUGUUUUUUUAUCGAGCUAUUUGAUCUAUGUUAAUAUAACAUAAAUAUUUGAUGAAUUUCUUUCUUAUUUAUUCACGAAAUAUUUUAAAUACACCCAAUAAUCAAUAAUAUUUUAAAUCUUAUUAUUUUUGCAAGACAAAUUUAGUAUCUAUAAUUCAAUUUUUCCUAUUUGUGGUUUCAAAAAGUUUUUUUUUUCAUGAAUCUAAGGCCAGUUGAUAUUGCUUUAUUGCUUAUUAAUUUUGCUAAAUUUAGUAUCCUUGGCGGGAAUUUUAGUAGUGGGGAUAGGUAUGAGUUCUCUACGUUGCCUGAUUAACCAAUUCUUGGUGUUGUUUUGAGUUGUUGGGUGCUCUCAGUGUAUAUUUAGUUAGGAAAAAAUAUAUUAAAAUUAUCUAUUUUGUUGAAAGUUAAUUUUUUCAGUUUGUUUUAUUUAUUAUAAUUCAAUACUGUAAUGUAUUUUUCAGUAAUGUCAAAAAUUAAUCGUCUGAGAAAUAAAAGACUGUAUCUGGUUCUUGUAUUUGUCAUAAUAAUGUGUUACUUUAUGAUGGACAGUUGUAUGGAUGAAAUAGGUAUGGGUUGGGUAACUAACCUUAAAGUUACUAAAGAAUCUGAAAAAAUCAAGUGUUAUGAUUUAAAAGUUGAAAAUGUUAUUCAAAACUUAGAGUCAUCUGAAGUAGCCAUAAACCGCUCAAUAUUUUUUGUUGAGACUUCUUGUCAUAAUGAGGAGUUUAGUAUUAAUCCAAGGCAAGCUUGUGCUAUUGAGUCAGCUGCAAAAAUGAAUCCUAAUUUUGAAGUAUAUCUUUUGAUUCCAUCUCCUGUAACAAGUUUGGAAGGAAUGAAAGCCUACUUUCAAAAAUUAGCAUCCUACCCUAAUUUUAAAAUUAGAUACAUUAAUAUGACUACCUUUUUUGUUAAGACUCCGCUGGAGCAUUGGUAUCAGUCAGGAAAUUUGAAAUAUAGCUACUGGCCUCAAUCCCAUGCUAGUGACAUUCUUCGCUAUACUCUAUUAUGGAAGUUUGGAGGGAUAUAUAUGGAUUUAGAUGUUGUGAUAAUGCGAUCAUUGGAACAAGUGACUAAUUUUGCUGGUGCUGAAUCGUUGAAUGAUGUGGCUGCUGGCAUAAUGUCUUUCAGCCAUAAUCACAAAAUAUCGUCACUCACAAUGAAUGAUCUCGUAAAUAAUUUCAGAGGAUAUGAUUGGGGUUGGAAUGGCCCUGGUGUGAUAACUAGAUCUUUGAGAAAAUAUUGUGGAGAUUGUAAGGUGAAGCAUAUGAUAGAAAAAGGCUGUGAAGAUUUUAUUGUUUUUCCUCCUUCUGCAUUCUAUCCAAUUUCAUGGGAAGAGUGGGCGAAAUACUUUACAUCUGAUGAAGAGGUUUAUAAUAAAGUAAUGGAUCAAAUAAAAGACAGCUAUGCCAUUCAUGUGUGGAACAAACAUAGUGUCAAAACUAAGGUUACUAUUGGUUCCAAACAACCAUAUGGUGUGAUUGCCCAAAAGUAUUGUCCAAUGGUUUAUUCUUCUUUAAAAGAUUUUUUUUAGCACUAACACUUAUAGAAGGUGCUUUAAACUAUAUAAUUUGAACCAAACAAUUUUUUCUAAAGACUUUUAAAAUGCUGAGGUAUAUUGAAAUUUGCUUCAUUAUUUCUAAAGAGGGAAUUUGUAAUUAUUAGUGGAAAAAGGGUUAAUCUUGAUUCUCAUUAGAUAAUAACACUUUAAAUUUUUAUUUUAGAUAGUAAUUCAUUUUUUUGUGACUCUACCUGUUAAAAGAACUUUUAAUUAUUAUUUUUCAUUUGGUUUGACAAUAUUUUUCUGAUGAAAAUAUUUUUGGUUUGAGACUCUUGUGAUUGAUACGUUAAUAUAUUGAAAAAAUUUAUUAUUGUUAUGUUUAGAUAGAUAACUUGCUACACAAUAGUUUCAAAUCCAUUUUGUUUUAUUUUGACAUUUUGAUACCAUCUUAUUCCUUGUUAAGUUAUGCUUCCAAUCCAUCAUGUUAACGUUAUUUCUCUGAAGGUUAAUGACAUCUGAGAAGUCAAUUACAUCCAUACGAAAAUAGGUAAUUGAUAACAAAAUGUGCAUUUGAAACUUUUUUUUAGAGUUUCCAUAAACUAGAAAAAAUGGAUUUGGAACUAUUGUGCUGUUGUGUAUGUAGUUAUCAGUAUACUCCCAAUAUUUUUGAAAAGUAAAACUCCUGGGAUAUUUAUUGACUUGUAUAUUAAUGGAUGAUAAAGUUAGUGAAAUAUCUGAUUUUUCAUUAAGAUUAUGAAUCUCAUUUUGAUUUUUGAAUGCUAACACAUUUAGCAAUACUAUUUAUUACAUUGCCAGAAAAAGAAGGGAUCAUUCCGACCUAUAUUAAAUCUUAUAGAUGAGUUGAGGUUUCUUUAGAAGUCAUAAAAGUAUUUUUAUAUUGUAAUUGUAUUUUAUUUACUGAAUCAUAUUUAAGUAGGAUGUUAUCCUCUUUGUGGACUAACUAUUAAUAACUGAUGAAAUGUGAAAAGGUUGAAUUGCUUGAAUUAAAACAUAAUCCAUUAUGCAAUUUCACUUUUGGCAUAACUGCCAUUUUCAAAUGCUUUCAAUAUUAUUAAGUAUCGUCGUAUUAGAGUUACAGAUGAUAGCAUCUUCAACAAUAUUCUUAACUAUUGAAGAUGGUAGUUAUUCCCAAAUAGAUUUGUGCAUAUUAAAUAAUGAUCAUAUCUUAGUGGAUGUGAAGCUAGAAAUUUCUCCCUCCUUUUUAAAAAUUUUCUUUACCUGGAUUCAUUUUAGAACUUUCUUCUCUAUUCCCCUUUAUCAAUUUCCUCUUCUGUCAAUCCAUGCCUGUUCAUGUUUUCAUUGACUUCAUUUUUCUAUUGCUUAUGAAGUAUUUUAUCUUUAGCCUUCAUUCUAUGAUCAGUUGUGGUAUUUGAUCUGUGUACGUGUGUUUUCAGUGACCUUGCCACCUUAAUCUUCUUCCUUUGACUUCUAAGAUUUUUUUUUUUUUGUUCCAUCCAGAAAUCUAUCUCCAUUAAUGAAAGUGUUUUUUCCUGUAAUCUUUUAUGGGUCCGGGUCAUAAAAUAUUUGAUAAGUAUACUACUUAUCAAUUGGAUUGGAUGAGAGAAUUAAUAUGGAAGUUCUGCAAUGAGAAAGGGUUAAAGUUUUAUUCAAAGGUCGGAGUAGUGCAGUUUUUCAAGAAAUGUGCAAUUGUAUGCAACAAAAAUCAAAGUCGUGCAAUAUAAAAUUUAAGUAUGUUAUUCUACAGAUCCUGAAAUGGAUAGAUAUUCUGGUCCGGGGUUUUUACAGCCAAGCGAAUAAAAUGUGCAAUAACAUGGAAAUCCGGUCUCUAGUUAUUAUAUAAAGUAUUUUAUGUACUUCUUUCAAUUUAUUGCCCUUUCCACCAGGUUUACCAUCCACAUUUUAUUUAUAACUUAUGGAAAUAAUAAUUUGCCUAUUUUACUUUUCAUUUGUUAUUAAUCAUUUUAAAAUUUAGUUUCAGAAUUUAGAAUUAUGCAUUAAAACUUAGUAUAUUAGAAAAUUCACAAAAACAAUAUAACAAGUUACUGUAAAUUUAAAAUUAUAUAUUUAUAUAUAGAAUUAUCUUAGUCAAAUUGCAAUGUUUUAUUUUUGAGGUAAGAAAAAUAUUUUAUUUUUUUAUACGAAAUUAGUAUAAAAACACUAUAUUAAAUAUAAGUGCUCAAAGAUGAUAUUAAUUAUGGAGUAUAUAUUUUUUUUGACACUUCAAAGAUAGUCGAUAGAUAGCCGAUUUACAAAUAAUUUUCAUUAUUUAUUUUAAGUUAUCUGAAAUAGAUGGCUAUUGUUGGGCUUUGCUAGUCAAAUUUAAGUAGACGUAGAAUCGUGCUAUACUCCAUAUCAUCUUUUAAAAUAGUGAAAUUAUCUAUUAAAUAUAGAUUAUCACAUAUUUUGUAAAAUUAGUAUAAAUAAUGUGAUUAUUGGUAAUCUGAUAACAUUUACAUCUUACUUGAAAAUUUAAAAUAUUAUGUGUAGAAAUAAUUUUUUUUUUAUGUCAUUUAUUUUUUUUUCUUUGAAUUUGUGAUCCAAAAUUGAUCUCUUCAUUUGUUGCAAACACUCUUGGGAUGAUCUCAUAGCUUUUGGAAUUAUUCGUUAUUGUAGGUAGGUUAUAAGCGGUACAUGGCUAUAGAUAUAAUGAGAAAAUUACACAUACUCUAAAAUAUGUAAUAAUUUGGUUAAGUGGUAAAACCAAAAUAGAAUUCUGAAUGGCUUGAAUAUAUUAUAGUUACAUAUACCAUAGCUGUAGAAUAUUCGCUAAGUAUAGGAGUUAUUCGGAAAUCUAAUUUUACCACCACUCAUAACUUUUUCCCAGCUUCAUUUCGUUUAACUAUGUUAUGUAGAUAAAUUUAAAGGUAAGAUAAAUUUCGAAGGAGAAGACUUCAGCCAAGUUUCAUUAAUAUCGGUACACCCGUUCAGGCACUACAGACCAUACAAUACAGAUUUUUUGGCCGUCAUCUUGAAAGGGAAGGACUUUUUGAUAAAGUGUGUUUGUAAAGUAUCUAGGAGAAGAUUUUGGCCAAGUUUCAUUUAAAUCGGUACAUUCGUUUAGGCACUACAGUCUAUACCAAUACAGGUUUUUGGCUGCCAUUUUUUUUAUUUAAAAAAAAAGGGAUUAAAUUGUUUUAUUGAUAUUAAAUAGAAAAAUGAAAAGCUUACGAUUACUUAUAGGGUAGGAGUGGAGGGAAUGUACUGGGCUUAGAUAAGCCAAACAAUUUAUCUAAUUGAAUAUUUAAUAGUUGACCGUUGCAUUAUAAAGGAAGGAGAUGGUCCGGGGUUGCGGUCAUAAAAAGGCUAAAUAGUUUUACCACUAUUUAGCCUUUUUAUGACCGCAACCCCGGACCAUCUCCUUCCUUUAAUUUAUCAAAUUGUUUCACUUUCACUCUAAAAUUAAAUGGCUGCUGAAUAGCUGAAAAGUAUUUAAGAAAAUGUAUAGAUAUGAGGUAUUAUCAGAUUACCAACAAAUAUUUAUAAGUAAUUUUCUUCUAAUCUCAUACGAAGAGAGUUUAUCAUGUUAUUCAUGCACUUUGCAAUAUGAAAUGCUGUAAUUCUAAAUAUAAAAAAAAAAAAAUUAGGUUUCUAUUUAAUAUUAAGAGGUUUCAAUAACCUAUUACUUGAGGAACUUAACAAAAUGAGAAUGCUUGUAUUAAUGUAGUUACUUUCGGAAAGCAUAAUUUAAUAUUUAAAUUGAAAGUUUUUUUCUGUAAAAAGUUGAAUUUAAUUAAUGGGAAGUCUUAAUUAUUGGGAAAACUAAAUUUCUGAAUUUUCAGUUCCAAUAAUUUCUUAAGGAAAUAUUCAAUAUUGUAAAUUCUUAAAUGUUAAUGAAUGAGUUAUCAUUCUUGUUCAAAUUUUUUUAAAAUUUACCAAUCACAUGUUUAUUUUUGCAGUAUAUUUUAAACUCCAAAAUUUUCUUAUAACAUCCAAUCGAAGUUUUAACCUUAAUUUUAUGAAAUUAGUUAUAUUGUGUUAAAGAAAUGGAGUUAUAUGUAUUGCACUUUUCCACCAUAAUCCAUUGGUGCUUUUGAUUAUUUAAAUAUACUCAUUAUAAAAAAUUCAUUAUGAAAUAAGAAACAUGAAAGUAAAUAAAUAAAAUAAAAACAAAUGUUAAACAAGGUAGUUGAGGAUGCACAUAUGUAAUGUGGUGGGUGGACCAAUUUUUUUUAUUUGAAUAAAUUUUUUUCUUACAGAUACUUUUUUGAGAAAAAUCAUAGUGAAUUUUGAGUAAAAUGUCGAAAUAUUGACAAAUUACAAUAAACUUCCUUAAAUGUGACAUCCAUUGAUUUGGCAUGCUUAAUGGUCUAAUAAUUAUUUGUUUAAAUACAUUAAUAACAUUUAAAGAGAACUGCAGUUCCAUUUACUGAUUCAAUAAAUCUGUAUAUAGCAGAAACAAAUAUCUGAAGAAAUGUGUUAUUGAUUCAGUGCCAUAACCUGCUAAACUAUUAUGUUACAAUUUUUGUAUUUUUGAGGUAUUGUUAAAUUUUAAUUCAUAGAAAUUGUAGGAGUUAAUCAUGUAGAUUAAGCAUGACAUGUUAUUUUAUACUUUCAAUUUUUAUGUAUUUAUCUAUGUAUUUGUUUAAAAAAAAAAUCACUGAAAUACUUUAUCGAGAAUUGUUUUUCUUAUGAUACUGAAUAGUUAGCAUUUUAUAACUCAAUAAUAAGUUUAUAAUUUGAAUUGGAUUGCCUUAAAAACAAGAUCAUCUUCAAUCAAGUUUAUUGCAAUACUGCAUAAAUAUUUAAUUCCUUCAGUUGUUCUUAAUACAUGGCGAGUGUUAACGUUGAACUAACAGUUGACAACAGAUUUUGAAAAUCAGUCUCAGGAAAAUAACUCAGAUUAUAUUAAAAAAAAAAAAAACAAUUAUUUUCUAACUAGAAAAAAAAGAAAGAAUUUUUUAUCUACCUUUUGUAAGGUGAAAAAUUGUUUUAGACCUGCUAAAAACUCUAUUUAUUCAUAUAACUUAUUUUAACUUUGUGCCAGAUUAAUGGAAGUUUACUUUAUGUAGGUUAUGUCCAUAAAAAUCUAUUUAUUUGCUCUUAAUUAAUUUAUAUGUAAAAUGAAAAAAAAUAGGUUGUUUCUGGUGAGAAUGGUAUAAGUUUAUUUUUAUUUAUUUAUGUUUUCUUAAAUUUGUAACUUUACUUUGCUUUUGUCUUUUAGUGUAAUUUUGUGUUCAUUAGACGUAAGUGUUUUUUUUUUUAAUUUUAGACCAAUUACCAGUGAUUAUUUGGCUGUGAUAAUAAUAAUUCUUGUACUUAAUGUGCUUAUUGUCUGAUUUUUUUAUAACAUAUUUAAUUUAUGUUUUGUUUUAUAUUGUUUAAAACACAAUUUUAUUUUUAUGAUUCAGAAUGUGUGUUAUCUUAUUUUUAUAGCCAAUUUUAACUUGUACAUGAUUGUUGUUAUAAAUUAAAAUAUAUAAUUUAUAUAUAUUUUUUAUUACAUUGUUUGCUUUACUAAGUCAUAACUUCCUAGCAUAUGGUUAUUAAAUUAUAUUAGUACCUAUUUAUUUACAUCUUUCAUUUAUUAACACUUAAGCUGAGAGAGUAAUAUUUAAUUUGUGCAUAUUCAGUGUUUUACACCUCUGUUUAGGCUACAUGUUCCAAAUCUACAUUGAACGGCCUCAAUUUAGAAUAGAAUAUAAAAAAAAAAAAAAUUACUGCCAUUUCAAUUCAUAAAAACUAGGAAUCUACAAGAAAGGAAUUUCUGGAAGAGCUUUUUUAUUAAACUGCCAGUUUUAAAUGCUUAAAAAAAAAAAAAUUCCAUGUCUUAAUACAAGUCAUCGGUCAUUGACUGGUCAGAUUGUAUUUGUAAAACUUUGAUUUUUAAGACAUGAGGCUUUUGCUUGUUGAAUCUUGAAAUGGAUUAUCAUUAAUUGUUUAAGAGAUUUUGCCCAUGCUUACUUUCCAAAACUAUAGUUUUGUUCUAAUUAUAUAUCGUUAGUUUAUAACUAAUUUCCUAAUUGAUAAAUUCUUUUAUAUUCAGUCAUAUUUUGUCAAUUUCAUCCCCAAAAGUGGCAUUUUUUGUUAUGCUACAAAAUAUUUUACAAACGUAUUGUAAACAAAGAAACAUAGAAAUAUAUUGUAUAGGCUGUUAGGUAAUCCUAUAAUUUUAAUAAGAGGUCAACCAAUGUAACUGAUAUUUCAAGUUAAUUGGUUAAGUUGUGUGAUUAUUUCAUAAACAUUUCCUUCCAUUAAUUUUAUGCUUCGAAUUGUCAAUGUUUCUCUUAUUAGUUGUUCCCAAUGAUGUAGCAAUGCUUUUGUGGCUGUGGUAAUUAUAAUGUUACUCCUGUAUUUGAAGUUAAAUAAAUAUUUUGCAAUGUUAAG